UGUACCCCAAAAAACGUCUCAAUUCCCUAUUGCUUCCAAAAUGGAAAAAUUACCAUAGAGGCCACCCAAUCUCCUUUUUUUUUUUUUUUUUAUCCUUUCGCCCUCUAUCUUCAAUGUCUCGCCCUCGUCGGUCUCGGGUUUGGCUCUUGUUACGUUUCGUUUAACUCUCUAAAACCCUAAACCCUAAAAUUUUGCUCAUUCACAAAUUCUGAUCUGAAGUCAGCUUCCCACUGCGAAUCCUAAGAAUUAUUGCUGUGUUUUUUUAAUCUGAUCAAUUGCUUUGGGGUUUGUUUUCCUUUAAUGCUCAGGUAUGCUCUUCAAAUCCCUAACCAUCUCUUAUUCCAUUUCCAAUCCAAACCUUACCUUCAAAUCUUUCUUAAACCCUAAAUUCGCCCUCCAAAUCAAGCCCAUUUCAAGUCUCAAAGUCAUUUGGAGGAAAGAUUGGAAGUUAGACCAAGCCAUAAAAAACGAUAAACGAUACAAGCUCUGUGCCCGGGUCGUCAAGGAAGUCCUAAACGAACCGGGUCAAGUCAUCCCUCUCCGAUACUUAGACAAAAGGCGAGAGAGAUUACGCCUUAAUGUUAGAGUUCAAACCUUUAUUAACAAUAACCCAGGUCUUUUCGAUACUUAUUAUGAUCGGAUUAAACCCAAAUCCGAGCUAGUCCCCUUUUUGCGGCCAAGUAAUAGGCUGAGGAAUUUUCUAGAAGAGGAAAAGCGGAUUUAUAAUGAAAAUGAGGAGUUGGUUGUUUCUAAGCUUUGUAAACUGUUGAUGAUGUCUAGAUAUAAGGUGAUUAGUGUGGAUAAAUUGGUUCAUGUGAAGAGGGAAUUUGGUUUGCCUAAUGAUUUUUUAGUUAAUUUAGUGCCUAAGUACUCGAAUUAUUUUAGAUUAACCGGGUCCCCUGGAGAAGGGCCAUCGUUUUUGGAAUUGGUUGAGUGGAAUCCUGAGUUUGCAAAGUCUGUUAUUGAACAAAGAGCUGAAGAGGAAUCAAGGUUAACUGGGAUUCGGGUUAGGCCGAAUUUUAACUACAAGUUACCGGCAGGCUUUUUUCUUAGGAAGGAAAUGAGGGAGUGGGUUAGGGAUUGGUUAGAGUUAGACUAUAUAUCUCCUUAUGAGGAUGUGUCACAUUUGGAUCAAGCUUCGCGAGAAAUGGAGAAGAGAAUGGUGGGGGUUUUGCAUGAGUUGCUUUCCCUCUCAUUGUUGAAGAGGGUUCCAGUGCCAAUUUUGGGGAAGUUUACCGAUGAUUACAGGUUUUCCAAUGCUUUUUCUAGUGUGUUUACUAGGCAUUCAGGGAUAUUCUAUAUGUCAUUAAAAGGUGGGAUAAAGACUGCAGUGCUAAGGGAGACAUAUAAGGAUGAUCAGUUGAUUGAUAAGGAUCCAUUGCUUGAGAUAAAGGAUAGGUUUGUUAAGUUGUUGGAGGAAGGGUGGCAGAAGAGAGUGGAGAUGUUGAGGUUGCAAAGAGAACAGGUUAGGAAGGACAUGGAAAUGAUGGCAAUGAGAAAUGAGGAAUUGAGUGAACAAAGUUGUGAUGAGGAGCUUUGAAUAUGAAAGGAUAGAGGAUUUGAAUAGUAUUAAUCUGAUAGAGCACAUUGGUUUAGAGAGGCAUUCAUACAAUCUUUUAUUGGAACUACAAUAGAGGCCAAAACAUUUUUGUCCAGGAUAUCUUCGGAUUGAUGAGUCAAUUUUUUAGAAUAAGGAGGGGUAAUUGCUUUUCUUAUCCCAAGUGUUGGACCUUCUGUAUUCUUAUGUGGUAAAGCUGCUUCCCAACUCCACAACUGAUGAUAAAUCAUGCUUUGUAACUUUCCUUUACAUAUGAGAAGUAGCCCAAUGCCAGCUUUUAAAAUCUUAAAUACCUUUCGUAUUGUGUAGCAAUGAAAAGAACUUGCAUUGUUGCAUGCUUUCCUAUCAUUAUAUGGUAUCUCGAAAAGAAAAAUAAUGAAUUUCGAUGAAACUUUACCCGAACUCUUUUAUGUUCGAAGCUGCAAGGGAAGAUGUUUGUGAUGUCAGAUGAUCGGCUAAUUCAAAUUAAAUCAAGGUAAUCGAGAAGGUCUGUAUAAAUAGCUAAUAUAUCCAUGGUCAACUUGAAUGUGUACUACAAACUUGGAUAUCUGCUUAUUUAUUGAUUCUGAUUUGGGACAUGUAAUGAACUCUUAGGAGUGCCUGCAGAGGAAAUAAUAGGUAUGGCAACCUAUAGAUGGUUAAACUGACAAUGCAGCAUAAGAAUAAGACCGUGUAUUAGAUCACUGCAUUAUAUGAAGGCAUUGUUCAGAACAUCACCUCUUUGGUUUGGCGCUAGGUUGACUUCAGUUGGAUGAAAAAGAAAGGCUCCAAAGCGCCAGUAAUAGAACAGGUAAAUGUAAUCCUCUGGUAUUGUCGUGUAAUUUGUAUUCAAAUGAGAGUUGAAACCUCUUGUUUUAAUCUGUUGGAUCAUUUCUCAGCAUUACAUGAUAUCUAGGACUAAACAAACUGUGUUCAUAAUUGUCAUGUGUGACUGUCCAUCUGGUUUUCCGUUUGUUAACUUUUGUCAUGGUUUUGAGGUUGCAUUGCAAUUUACUAAGGGAAAGAGAUGGCGAGAUUGUUUGAAUGUACCGUGUAUGACUUGGAUUAUUAAUUCAAGUGUUCCCUUUUCCUUCUUUCUGUAUCAAAUUCAUAAUACCUUGAAUACUUUUUGAAAGUAUUAUUUAUUUACUUAUUUAUUUUACUUUGGAAAUAAAAGA